CAAAAUCCCCCAACUUCAAAAAUGAAGCAAAUAUUCCAAUUUCUAAUAAUUCUGGCUUUCAUCACUUCAUCGGCAUAUGCUAUCAAAUGUCAUCAAUGCGGAGGCGCUGAGAAAAUCCCGAAAUUUGCGAAAAACGCUCUGGCGAAGCUGAAUAUUUCGGUGGAUAGUCUUUACGGGGACUGCAAAAAGACGUCUGGAAGUGAUAUGUGCUCCAAUGGAACGUUUUGCUUGAAGCGUGCAAAAGUCUACCAAAUCGGUUACAGUGGUGUCAACUUGAAAUGGACUACGUAUACAAAAGGAUGUGCGACUCUCCGCGAGGACAAUGACCAAAUCCCAACGAACACAUGUUAUGAGCUCGGGCAAGUGAGCAAUUCGUCGGGAUACACUGCGAAGCGAAUGGAUUGCUAUUGCCAGAAAGACUUUUGCAACUCGACUACAAAUCUUGGCGGCUCACUUAUAAUGACAAUUUUAUUCGUUUUAUCAAUUUUUGUGCAAUAUUCUAUCUAAACAUAGGGAGCAAAUAAAAAGAAGUUCAGACUCGUUU